AUGAAUCCGUGGCUGACGCAGCAGGUUCGGUCCGAGCCUGCAACGAUGGCUUGGUUGGAGGAGUCCCUGGCGCGGGACGCUCGUGCUGUACCUGCAGAGCUACUUUCUUCCGAGCCUCAAUCUGCUGCCGAGCCUGACUCUGCUGGCUUUGCUUCAGUGUUUGCUGCUGAUGCUAGCACUAAGCAAGGAUCAGCGUGCUCCCCCCUGGCCUCCGCUGUUCUAAUCCGCGUCACCACAGAGGCCGAUUUCAAGCAACGCCGGCUCUAUCCCCCCUCCACCACCGUUAUUCUCGAGCUUCAGAACCACGUCACUCUCAAGCGAGGGCUCCUGUUUGGGCCCAAAUAUGCGUGCACAAUCCUGCGGUCGGGUGGAGGGGCCAAAGGGAGGGGGUAUCGGCUGUACGUGCAUCGAGUGGAUGAGCCGAUACUGCGUAUAUGGAACACCAGCAACGUUAUUGUGUACCGUGUGCAGAUGUCACAGCCGUUCCGAGCCUACUCAAAGCCAUGCCCCAGGGAGAUCCCUGACGUGGGAACAGACAUCAUCUGCCCUCUCAUCCACGUCUACCGCUCCUACGGCGUUCAGAUCGUCAAGGGAUACACGUUCGGCCGAGUGGAUGUGAUUCGAACAAUGCACAGCCGCAUUGACAGCAUGAAGAUGACUGCAGUGUCUGAUUUCAAGAGGGGCAACGGGGUGAUUCGAGUGAUGCUGUCGGGGUAUGGGCCGCUGCUGGUGCGCUGCUAUGUCUACGUCACCAACAAUGAGAUCUAUGGUGCGUACCUGCCAGUGUUGUUUCAGUUCGGUGUGGUGGGAGCGGUAUUCAAGAACAACCAUGUGCAUGACUACGUGUGGGCUGCCAUCACAUGUGGCAACAUGGUUCACUUGCAGGGCGAUUGCAUGCUCACCUCCAUUUCAAAUAACCUCGUUGUCGCUAAGGGCCGGAAUCUCACCGGCGGGGGUGAUGCGACGGGGAUAUACUACGUAACGCACUGGAAUAACCCGGGUAAUCUGGCGGAGUGCAACUACAUAAUCGGGGGUGACCACUGCUAUUACCUGGAUUACGCCAGCUCGGGUGUGACUAUACGCGGAGGGGCUUGUAUCGGGACGGUGGAUGGCAUGAAGGUCAACAACGGGAAAUGGAACCGCAUUCAGCAUGUGGUGAUGAAGGGCACGGAGCUCACGCCAGGGUGGUGCGCGUGCCUCACUGUCACUGUGUGCAACUGCCUUAAAGAUCCGGGAAACUACUGGGACCGCAUGCAAGCCAAGUACUACAGCAGUGCUCCCUUCCAGCAGGUGGGUCGUGUACCCCUUAUAAGCCAACUCGGUAAUCUUGUAGCACCAUGUGCAACUGCUUCAACGACCCCGGCAACUACUGGGACCGCAUGCGAGCCAAGUAAUACAGUAGUGCCGCGUUUCAGCAGGUGGGCGGUGUCUCCCUCAUAA